AUGCCGCGACUACCAGAUGCGGCCGAGAUCGCCUACAUGGAGGCACACAUCGACGACACGCGCGUACCAGAUAUCAUUGCAUGUACAUCGAUAUGCGGAGUCGCAUCCAUCGUCUUCAUCGUCCUCCGCCUGAUAUCGCGACGGUUUUCAAAGGGUGGGAUGGAGACGAGCGACUGGCUGAUACUGUUUGCUUGGCUCAACUUUGCAGUUUUUGAUGUUUGCUUUGCCAUGUCUGUCAAGUAUGGGGGCGGUCGACACAUCAUUCUCGUUACAGAUCCAAACGAUGCACGGAUGCUUCAAAUUAUCAAUAUUAUCAACGAAAACCUCUAUUGCGUCUGCAUGGCCUUUCUCAAAUUCAGCAUCUUGAGCAUGUAUGGCUCCAUCUUUCCGCAAAAAAGGUUCCACUACUGCCUUUGGGCUGUCGCCGUCUUCAUGACUUGUUGGGCCAUCUCUUGUGCCUUCGUUGCCAUCUUUCAAUGCACCCCGAUUGCCUUUGGCUGGGAUCCGUCCAUCGCUGGAGGCACAUGCGUCAAUUAUGGCGCUCUUGUUCUAGUUGCCGGAGUAUGCAACAUCAUUACAGAUUUCGUCGUUCUCGCUAUGCCAAUACCCCUUGUGCUCAAACUCAACCUCUCCACGCAGAGAAAGCGAAUGGUCAUCUUUACUUUUGCAAUGGGCGGCAGCGCGUGUCUUGUCAGCAUUGUUCGUCUAGCAUUUGCCCUCUCAGUUGGCUCCACAGCAGAUGGAAGCUGGGAUAACAUGCCGGCCGGAAUGCUUUCUGUUGUUGAACUCAUGGCCGGUAUUCUAGCUGUUUCGCUUCCCGUCUAUAGACCUUUGUACCGUCGCCUUGUGAACAAAGAUAGAGGAGUUACACAACCAUCAUCUGAAAAUCCCUACUCUAGCGGGUCGCGCAGUAUCAAAAUUACAGGCGGAGGAUUUACCAAAAACAACAACGAGGGAAUCGUAGUAACCGACGAAGUCGACAUAAACUUGACCCCUUACAACCGAAAAGACGGCAACUGGGUUCGUGUGGGAGACGAAGAUGAAUCGGGUCUUUAUUCUCCUCACACACAACGGAGCCUCAACAACGACCUGAACUAUGCUGGACGAGCUAUUUAA